GGGACGGCAAGCGCGCAUCGAACGCAAAGGAUCGGCAUAUGCCUUCUUGCGAAAACAGCAGAGAGCUAGAUCUUGCUUCCCAGUGAACUUGCAGGAUUUCCCUGCACCGCUGCUAGGAACUAGUCUUGCCCACUACACUAGCGGAGACAGCAACCCAGGAGCUGUUACUUCGGAGCGAGAGCAACGAGGGACUGGCGAACGGCGCGUCCGCCCGCCUGUUGUACUCACAGAGCGGCUGCUGCGUCUCCGUGCGCGCAGGAGAGCGAGCGAGCCCUUCUCCGGGCGCUUCUCUCUCCGAGGCUCAGGCGCGAUUUGGCGGGACCCCCACCAUGGCAACCUCUCCUCAGAAGUCGCCUUCAUCCCCCAAGUCUCCGACUCCCAAGUCGCCCCCUUCCCGGAAGAAAGACGACUCCUUCUUGGGCAAGCUCGGGGGCACGCUGGCCAGGAGGAAAAAAGCGAAAGAAGUGUCUGAACUACAAGAAGAAGGAAUAAAUGCCAUUAACUUACCACUCAGUCCAAUUCCUUUUGAACUGGAUCCUGAAGAUACUAUGCUAGAGGAAAAUGAAGUCCGAACAAUGAUUGAUCCCAAUUCAAGAAGUGACCCAAAACUACAAGAACUGAUGAAGGUGUUAAUUGACUGGAUUAACGAUGUGUUAGUUGGAGAAAGAAUAAUUGUAAAAGACCUGGCUGAAGACCUGUACGAUGGACAAGUACUGCAGAAACUCUUUGAGAAGCUUGAGAGUGAGAAACUCAAUGUUGCUGAAGUCACACAGUCUGAAAUAGCUCAGAAACAGAAACUACAGACAGUACUUGAAAAGAUCAAUGAAACCCUUAAACUUCCUCCAAGGAGCAUCAAGUGGAAUGUUGACUCUGUCCAUGCCAAAAGUCUAGUUGCAAUACUUCACCUUUUGAUUGCAUUAUCACAGUACUUUCGGGCCCCAAUCAGGCUGCCGGAUCAUGUGUCUAUUCAAGUUGUGGUUGUCCAGAAGCGCGAAGGAAUCCUCCAGUCCCGGCAAAUCCAAGAGGAAAUAACUGGUAACACUGAGGCAUUUUCAGGACGGCAUGAACGGGAUGCAUUCGAUACACUGUUUGACCAUGCUCCAGACAAACUUAAUGUUGUGAAAAAGACCCUUAUAACUUUCGUGAAUAAGCACCUGAAUAAACUGAAUUUGGAAGUCACUGAACUAGAAACCCAGUUUGCAGAUGGUGUGUACUUGGUGCUCCUGAUGGGUCUUCUGGAAGGUUAUUUUGUGCCUCUUCACAGCUUUUUUUUGACUCCUGAUAGUUUUGAACAAAAGGUACUCAAUGUAUCUUUUGCAUUUGAGCUGAUGCAAGAUGGAGGGCUGGAAAAACCCAAACCAAGGCCAGAAGACAUUGUAAACUGUGAUUUAAAGUCAACCCUGAGAGUGCUGUACAACCUGUUCACCAAAUACAGAAAUGUGGAAUGAAGAAGUACAAUGGGAGGCCAUUAAUGAUGGCUGUUAAUGAAACAGCCACUCCUUUCCUUGCAGUCAUUCUUCCUUUCAUAACGCUUCGCUUCCUUCCUAUAAGAAGGCCUAACGAUCAAAAAGUUUUUGCUAUGUUUGUUUGGCACAGGAUGUUUUAAACCAGAAAGAUUAUAAAGUGAAAAUCUAUCAGUAGAUGCAGAUUUCUACUGAGGGACUUCAUGUCAUGAUAUUCUCCAUUUUUUUUAGCAAUUGCUUAACUUUUCAGAUGACAAGCAGCACAGACAAACUCUGAUCCACUGCCAGCCAAAGAAGACAACUGACUUAUACAGGAAGUGCAGUCAAUUCCUGGGCUGAAGCCAUGGUCCAGAAGUUCACACAUGCAUGUCCUGUAAAAUUGCCUUCUUGGGCACGACCCUCGCCGGGCAGAAUACUGGCACACCUGCUUAUUAGGGCUCUUCCCUUUCUGUGACUUGGCCAUGCCACGCAAAGAGCAUAAAAUCAGAAGAUGGCGGGCUGCUAUCCCAGUGCUUUGGGCUCCUCAGCACUGAGUGGGAACAAUAGCCCCACUUGGUACUGAUUUUCCCCUGAAUUAAGGAGUUGGUGACAGUCGGGAGCAACUGCUCCCUCCUCAUUUAUCACCAGCAACAAGCCGUGCUAGUGGUCACACCAACAGGUGUAGUGGAUGAGUUGGUCCAUAGAGUCACUUGAAUUGAAAUACCUCCCUUCAAUUCCAUUGUGGACUGAGCUGCAGAAUAAUUUCUGAGUCUGUAUUUCUUAAAUAUUUAUUUCAGAGAAAGGAUACCCUUGUUCAUAUUCAGAUAUGGAAGAGCUAUUGAGAAGAUCAUGCAGUGUAUAUAAAGUCUGCGACGCUAAGUGGCAGGCUGCAGAGUUGAGCUUUAAAGGGUCUUCAGCACGCCAUUGUGCUAUUAUAAGGAGCCAGGUUUGUUUUCUCUGUGCGUACAUUCCUCAUAAACCCUUUCAUUCCUCAAAAGUCUGCAACUCAUAAAGCUUCCCUUUAAUCAUAUAUUACAUGCAUUUAGAAUAACAUACCUCUUCUUAUCUUUUGCAAUGGGAUGCUUUUACUUAGCAGCAAAGGCAAUGGUACGAAAUAUGUACAUAGUUUCAAAAUUGCAGUCCUCUUACCACAAAGCACAAGCAGGUAUGGUGGUGUAAAUCCGACAAUAUAGGUAGGAUUGUUCCUACCAGGGCAUUUAAAAAAAUAGAUAUAAGCUUUUUUACUUAAUUGAAUUGAAACAUAAAAUAAUGUAAUAAUAUAACUGUUAUCGGUAAGACACAGAAGAUUUAUAGCUAGAAACAUAGAUAUAAUGUUGAAGGAGAUAACUAUUUUUGUGUACUCUGGUUUCUGAAGAUCUAAAAUGUAUGAAAAUAUCUCGAUCUGUUAUAAGAAAUCAGGCUAUGUUAUAUUGUUGAGCAACCAAAUUUGGCAAAGAAUAUAUAUAGGGUAAUAGGGAACAUUCUUUAGUAUUAUGCCUUGUAGUCUUUUUUGUUCCACAUUUACUUUGCACUGAAGUUUUAGGAGGAGUAGCUUACUUCUUUUAGGGCACAAUCCUAUGCAUAUUAGACAGGGAAAAAGCUCUACAACUCCCAAUAUCCCCCUGUCAAUAUGUUACUAAUUACUUUAAAAUAACUGAAUUAAGACAAUGCCUUAUUUCUAUUUUAUACAUUGAAGUGUUGAUUUCAAACCUUUCUUCUGCUUACUAGGGGCUGAUCUGGCUUUCUUAGAAGGUUCUCACUGGAUUUAUUUUUGUAAUGCAAGUAAAAGGGUUCAUACUGUAUUAGAACAUAGCUAGGCUAUUAUCACCUAGAAGUUCUUACAUUGUUGUUAGGUAUUUAGCAGUCUAGGACCAAUUUUCAUCUUGGCCUUCAUUGUUAUAAAGUUGCAAGGAAACGGUUCUUCCUUAUUCAUCCUCAGUUUUCUUUGGCAUCUCUGUUAGUCAAAUGUCCCCUUCUGUUGUAGGAACUGAGGGGCGCCAUAUGAUUCCUUACACACUCUGUCUUGCUACAUGAGGGUGCAUACAAACCGCAGAGUCAUUAAACCAAAGGGAUGAGAGUAAACUAGCUGAUUCCAGUUUUAGGGUAACCAGAUGCAGGCGGGGUCAGGGGCCUGCGCCUCCGAUACUUGUAUAGACGGGGAACUUUGAACAGGUGCAGCUUCUCUUGCUUCUUCUUGGCAAGCAUGACAAGCUGAGGUGCCUCUUUUUUUUUACUCAGGGCACAGGAGCCCCGUUUGACUCUGUGCUUCAUCACUCUAAUGAUUUCCCCUUCUCAAAAAAGUAACAUCAUAAAAAUUAGCCCUCAGCGUGUAUGACUGGAUAACAUAUGGAAGCAUUAGACACUCGUUUGUUUGUUUCCAUCGCCACCCAAAUGGGGUCACGGCAACCAUGAAUGAAAGUAAGUUCCAUUAAAAUCAAGGACUGGAGUUUACUCCUUUCUAGGUAAUCCUCGGUUCAGGGGUUUCAGUAUAUUGUGUUUUCUGCUAUCACGUAUUGGCCUAUUCUGUGCAGCUUUUCAAAAUAACACUGGAGUUGUUCUCAGCUGGUUUUGUAAUAUCCCCCACCCCAAGUACUUUUCUUGAAAAAUGCUAUGAGAUUACAUUUCUGCAGCAAAUAUGGGACAGGGCUCCAGUGUGGCUGUAUUCCAGGGAGAAUUUCAGCAGAUGCAUCACCCUUCAUAUAGUUGUAGUGACAGAAAAGAUCAGAAUUGGCCCAAAUUUACUUUCUGCCUGAGCAUUAACUGGAAAGGCACCCUCCCCCAUAUUUAAUCUGGCAGGGCAGUGCUCUAGUUCCUCCUUGUUUAUCUGGCUAGCCUCAGGCACUCACUUAACAUUUUCUCAGGCUAACUUCCCAGUGCUAGUUAGCAGCUUCUUAAAACCUGCUUCUUUACCUUUUAAAAACAGAGACAUUUUAAUGGCAACUCUUUUCCCCAGGUGGUUAUAAACAGAACCUGCGUAACUUCUGUAUAACAGGUUUUAAUUAAUGGUUGCUUUGAAAAAUGGGUGUGCGGUGCUUCAGUCACCCCUCUGCUCUGAAAAGCCUAGUGAAGGCUUUGUGUGAUGGGAGGAACAUGAUCUCAGCAUAAGAGGAAUGGGGGACCUGCAGCCCUUGGGCCACUUUGGCCCACCAGCUAUGCCCACUGAGCCGACUGGGCCUUUUCAGAGCAAGCAGCAAGAGGAAGCACCUGGUAGAGAUAACAGUGGGAAUUCCCCCGCAUGCCCUUCCCAGGACAUCAAGUGCCACUAUGUUUUCCCACUUCUACUCUGUCUUACUGGCAGUGCAAGAAAACUUUUGGCAGCACAAUGACUUCUUUAAAGAAACAGUGAGUUUAGAUACGAGAAGAGAAGAGCAGUUCCUUUCCCAUAAUGUUUGCUUUUGCUGUCAGGCUGCUGUUAACAUCACAAGUUGAGGGCCAGUUAAAAUAGCUACCCACUUUCAGGCUGGAUUGUGGCACAGAGAACUAGAACAGUCAAACCGAUAGAGAAUUGCAUUUAUUAUAUUUGGGUUAGACGUGCAAGCAGAUUCCCAACAGAAAUAAACUUGAGGGCGACCUGUUGUGCUAUUUCUAGCAGCUGUGCUGGUUGACUGAAGGUUUUAGCACUUCGCUUCCCUUUCACCCCUAUAAAAUUAGCAGGGCCGUUCUGAUCCUCCCAAAUGAUGUCAGUCAUACUUGACCUCUGGUAGGAGAGAAUUAAUUUCUAUCCCCAAAUAGUCUUUUUACGUUAAGCAUCUGAGUGGGAUGGUGUAAAUUGCUGCCCAUUGGACCUGAUGGCCAUCUUGGUCCCUUCCAACUCUGCUAUUCUGUGAACUUGCAAAGCAGGAUCUUACUUGAUUGCAAGGCUAUUUAAUGAAAGGACGGUGUUUCAGUUAGGAUCAAGGCUGAAAUCCUGUACCCACUUAUUUUAGAGGCCUCUGAAUUCAGUCAAACUUCUGAGUAAAUACGUAUGAGAUUGUUUGGUAAGUGGAUGGUACACAGUACAGGUAUUUUUAAAAGUAUGAAUGAUAUUGAGAAAGUGAAUAGAAAUGUUUUCCCUUGGUUGUCUGAGCAUUAGAAACCUGGAUCUAAUAAAGUAGACUCAAGUCAGAUAAAGAAUGUACAGAUGACACCCAAUUCACUUACAGAAUUCAGUACCAUGAGAUAUGAAGAUGUGGUAAUGGCCACUAGCUUAGAGGGAUUUUUUAAAAAAAGUUUAAUAGACACUCAUAGAACAUAGGUCUGAUAAAGCGCAAGUUUCCUAUUUGAUCUAUCAGACACUUUUGACUGAAAAAAUCAGUUUACCUACUUUAUCUUUUUGUGUGUUCUCAUUUUUAAAAGCCAAUAUUAUGGGUCAAAUUGAAUGUAAAGAAAAGAGAAUGAAAUAUUGCAGAACAACAAAGGAAACAGUUUUUUAAAAAGAAGUUGACCACUCUUCCAAGAACUUCCACUCUCCCUUACUCCUUUUUCACCAACUUUAUUCCUAAUUAUCAUCCAGGGGAAAUUUUGAAUGCCUCUGUAUGCUUAGAUGAGAGAAAGGCCCAUCUCAGCAUGCUUGCCCACAAAAACAAACAGGCAACUUGGUUGCUAGUUAUUAAGCCCUUGUGUUGAGCUAGUUGACUUGGUAUUUUUAAAGGUAAUUCAGACUAGGUUUUAGUUAACAGAGCUGUUGGGUGGAUUUCUGUGCAGCCCACUUUUCUGAAUCAGUUGGGCACUUGGAGAAGGGCAGCCAUCAUACUGAAUGUACAUAGUUUCAUGUUGUUCAGCCCAGUUUUGUGCUGUGCUGCUGGCAGCAGGAUCUAUGAAGGAAUCACAUAUUCAACACCCUUUUGCACACCAAGCCAGAGAUGCACCUUCUAAUUCGAUGAGGAGGGAUAUAUUAGUUUUGUGCACUUGGCAAGUGCAGCUCUGUGAUAUAACAGGAGAGGUCUGUUUGAAGAUAACAUUUCUUACUUUCCACUGAGAAUAUUUUUUCUAAUAGCAGUUCCUUUCUGAAACAAAGUGAACUUUUAAAAAGCAGAAUGACUGAUUUCCCUUUAUUUGUUCUUUGACCAAAUUCUAAAGUGCAUAUCAGAGAAUCAGCAAGAUUUCUUCUGGGUAAAUUAGAGUUGAUUCUGUCUUCAAAAAUACUAAUGGUGUACACAUGGGGUGAUGAAGCUGAUUUCUUUGAUUUUGCAAAGGAAGUCAUCCAGCUCAAUGCAAUGUGGGGGUUUGCAGUCCCCCAAACUUGGAGGGUUGUGGGCAUUUUAUGGAGGCAUCGUGCUUUUCUUAUCCUCCAAAACACUAGGAUGAUUUUGGCUGUCUUCCUGGCCCAACAUAUAAGGAGAGGAGGCUGAGGUACUGUCAGGGUCCUGCCUAUACCUGUGGAUCCUAUCCCCUUUCCUCCUUGUCCCCAGAACACCUGCAGCAGCCUCCCUCCAGGGUUGCUGUUGUGACCUUGGAGGUUUCGUAGUUCUGAGGAUGCUCUGAGUUAGGAGCCCCAGCUACAACCUCAGAGCAAGUUUCUGAGGCUGGUGCCCAAGCUCCAAAUCAUCCCAUGGCUCUCCUCACCGUGCUUAAUAAGCAUAGGAUUGCAACCUAAGUCAGUGAACAGGGAUAGGUUUUGUAACAUGCCUUUGUUUUAACUGAAGAGCUCUUCAUGCAACCAUCUAUUAGAAACACAUGUAUUGUAAACAUAGAAUGGUUGACUGAUUUUUCAUACGAAGCACUAUGUGUCUGAGAUAAUGGAUCCUAGCUUAUAUUUCUAAUAGAGAGUUAUCACUUAUAUGAAAUUAAUAUGAAAUAGAAUCUACAGAUUAUAUCUAAUAUUUAUUUCAUCUUAACAUAUGGAAAAUAUAUUAUUAUAGCAGCAAGUUUAUUUCUGUAUCAAUUAUAGACUUUAAAAUAUGAAUAUUAGUUUAACCUAGGUGGGUAAAAUGGUGGUAAUAUUAUUAUAAAGUACUGACUUACGGGAUUUGUCCUUUUGAUUUUUGUUGAAGUAAAAAAAGCUUUUACAGCUAAUACUGCCAUAUUUAUAAUGCCAGUGAAAUCAAAUAAUUUUGAAAAAUACAGUGGAAAUAUAAGGAGAGGGUUGCAAUUACACCUCUGUAGGACUCUGGAUUCUUACAAGCACAGACCCAUAGGCCAAUGGACCAGUUAAGGAUGACCAAAGGGAACACUGUUGUCGGGAAGUGUUCUAGCACUGCCAAAGGGAACAGCACUGGGGGGGUUUCUGGGUCACCCUCUGUCCUUGUCCAGCACAAGGCGUAUCCCCGUGGGAGUCGGUCUGGUGCCAGUGGCUCACGCCCAGGGUGGUGGCGCAUGAAGGGCAGCCUGCAUGGGAGCGGGCACACGAUGGCUGCGAUCCACAUCGUCAUCAUUGUCACAGCAGGCUUCCAACCAAUGGCUGUGUUGGUUGCACAGGUCCCAGGGGCCAGGCGCUAAUGCCCACCAAGGCGGAGGUGCUAGAUUUGCCAGGUGUGCCUCUGUGCUCCCAGUGUGGUCACAGGCCUGCUAGCCGUUCCAUUCACCCUGCGGCAAUCUUUGUUUGGGAGCUGCCAAGCUCCUCCGUUAUUUCUAGCGAGGCUUCCUCUAUUCAGUGUUCCAUUUUGCCAUUUUUUUUUCUGCUUAGAAGGAGGCCUUCUUAGUUGAGCAGUCUGUCGCUGUAUAGGAUAGUUUGCUUCUAUUUAGAGAGCUUAUCAUUAAGACAGCUGAAAAGUAACAUAUUGAACAAGUCUCAGGGUGAAUUCACUGGCUAACACUGCGUCUUGCCUGGUGUGGUUUUACGUUUAUGUAUGAGGUUGUAGGUGGAUUUCAAGCUUGGCUCAGACAUUAAAAUCCUGAGGAUCUAAUUUCACUGCUUCUGAGGAAAUACAGAGAUUUUCUGGAGGCUGCUUUGAAGCCUCAAAACCAUCUAGGCCAAGUUAAUAACAAGAGCUUAUGUGUUUCUUUGUCUUUGUCUUCCUUUCCCUUCUGCCACAACUUUCCAGUAACCUUGUCAUUUUUGCUUUUAAAAAAUUGAAUAUAGCAUCUGAUAGGAAUUUUUUAUAGUAGGCUUGCAGGCCAUAUUUGCUAAUCAAUAUAGCUUGCAUAGGUAUUAAGAUAAAUGACACUUGAUCAGUGUAAUUGACCUUAGCCUAUUUUAAAUAUUGAUUUUGCAGAGGUGGGUGAGAAUUCCCAAUGAAACUUCCUGAAUUUUUUUCCAUGUAUGCCUUGUACCAAGCCAGAACUAGCGCUGCUAAUGAAUAGAUUAUUUUAAAAGUGAUGUUUUUAUUUCACUGGUCAGAAAUCUGUAUAAUUUUAAUACACUAAAUAUUAAGCUGAUGUUGAUUUGUUUUAUAUUUUUAUGUUUUCCUAUCCAAAAAUGUCUCUUGAAUAUUCUAAGCACUGUGGAAUACAGUAACACCUUCAAAGCUUUUUUAAAGUAGAGGUACCUUAUCAAUUAACAGGAGAUACUUUGGCAAAACAAAUAUGCUUGUAUAGAUAAAUGCAUCCAUCCUUUCACAAGCCUUCUAAUGACGGUGAGAGUUUGGAGUCAGAGAAUUUGAAGUAAGAGCUGGCAUCCCCUCCUGUGCACUAGGUGGGGUAUAAUCAAUAAGCAUUUAACCCAUUGAACAGAACUAGCAAGCACCAUGUAAUAACUGCUGUUUUGUGUCUAUGCCCUGUUAAUUUAAUGCACAUUUAAAAUCAAUUGUAAAUCAGCAGAAUUCUUCCUAUUAGAAUGCAUACAUAUUUGAAACUUACUUGAUGUGGGAAAAUAAAUAAUUCUAUUUUGAGCUGGUAUUGGAAAUGCUUUGAAGUUAAGAAAUUGAAAACUACAGGAAUUCUAGCUUCUAAAUAAUGUUAAUGAUUGGUUUAACAUUAACUGGUUUUCAAGUCCUGUGCUUUUGAAUCAGAAUACAUAAUUGCUUGUCAUCUGUGUAUUAUCUUUUACACAUUAAAGGGAUUGCUUUUGAUUGUGUUUUCUUUAAUGAAUCGGUGCUUCUUCAAUAAAUGGUUUCAGUAGCA